AGUAAACUUCCUGUGUCAAUCCGCGAAUCUUAGGUGUCAUCUGUGAAAACACAUCUGUCCCCGUCUCGGUGCUGGCCACGGACAGGCGACACCUUUGGUAUUCAUACCAUGGGGAUGGAAUGUCGACAUGACGAUAGAACCCAGGCCCUCUUUCAUACAAGUUAAAGAGGAUCUCCAUUAGGUUUGUUUGCUGAAAGAAACCAGAGAAUUCAGCGUUCUUAUCUAUCAUACCAUGCCCAUCUUUCUUCAUGCGUCGAAGAAUGAUUUUCAAGUUGGGAGUAACGGUUGUGAUAGCUGUAGCUGUCAUCAUCGUGUAUAUACAGCACACCGACCCUGACCUUCAACAUCAAGGUGAAGACGAGGUCAAGGACAAGUUGGUAGUUGAAAGGAAACAAGAUGAUGGAGUCAAGAAAGAAUCUAUAGAUGGAGCGGAUAAGGAACACAUGACUUCAUAUAAAAAAUCUGAGCCUUUGAAAAAGUCAGAAAACAUUCCCAAGUCGGACAAACAUCAUGGCAUUGAGAAAUCCAAUGGAAAUCAGAGCCAUUCCGAUGACAGUGUUGUGAAUAAGAAAAUAAAUGGCAAGACCAAAGGGUUAAAAGCAGUUUAUUCAAGCUCACAAUCUGCUCCAAAAGACUCCAUCCACCUCUCAGUUGUUGCGUGUGGUGAUCGCACACCUGAAUCUCUCAUCCUCUUAAAAUCAGCCGUAUUAUUCACAAGCAAGCAUCUGGUAUUCCACAUAUUUGCUGAAACACAGCUUCAGAAAGACUUUAGAGACCAGCUGGACUUUUGGCCGGCUGACUUUCUGUCCAAGGUGGACUACUUCAUCUAUGACAUCAGCUUCCCAUCUGGAGGCAAGACGGACCACUGGAAGCAGCUCUUCAAGCCCUGUGCCUCACAGCGCCUCUUCCUGCCAACACUGCUGACUGAUGUCGAUGCCCUGAUCUAUGUGGACACCGACAUCCUGUUCCUGAGCCCGCUGGAGGGUAUCUGGAGUUUCUUCCAGCUCUUCAACUCCACCCAGCUCGCCGCCCUGGCGCCAGAACAUGAGGAUGCGGCAGCAGGAUGGUACAACCGCUUUGCCAGGCACCCUUACUAUGGGGAACUAGGUCUUAAUUCUGGAGUGAUGUUGAUGAACCUGACUCGUCUGCGAGAAUCAGUUUGGCUGCCGUCCUUGAUAGAGUAUUAUAAAGAAUAUAAACUGAAAAUAGCCUGGGGCGACCAGGACCUCAUCAACAUCUACUUUCAUUACUUCCCAGAGCAGCUGUAUGUGUUCGGGUGUGACUGGAACUACCGCGCCGACCACUGUAUGUACAUGAGCGUGUGCCGUGAAGCUGAAACCAAUGGCGCCUACAUCUUGCACGGCAGUCGGAGGGUGUUUCUCAAUGACAAACAGCCAGCCUUCAAAGCAGUGUAUGAUGCUUUCAAAGAGCACCGUCUCGGGGAUGAUAUCCAGUAUAAGCUGUUGGUCCAGAUGGAGAGGAACCUGGAGGGCACCAUCAAAAGCAGCUGUGGCCAGCAUGGACACAUCUACACCAAACAAGUUCAGAUAUACUCCAAUCACAUGAGAGAAGCAGAGAAAAAAGCUAGAGAAAAAAUGAAAGAUAAAAAGCCUCCUCAUCCCCCGAGAUAACAGAAAAUGUACAUAGAUGUUGGUAUAUAUAUUUUCAUAUGCAAAUGUCCAUGCAACUUAAUGAGUUUUUGCUUAUUUAAGACUUGAAAUUUAUUUAAACAUUAUUUUUAAGGCCUAAAAUAGUAAUCUGACAACAGAAGUUUAAAAUUUGUGUUUAAUGUGGAUAUUGGUUUUCAUUGUUGCUUUUGUUUUCGAGGCCAGAUCUUAUCUAUUUCCAGCUUUAGCUACAUUUUGGUGCAACUUCUUUGAGAGGCUUUUUAGAAGUUAGAGUACUAAGUAAGGAUAAGAUAUACGGAUGAACAAUUUCUUUAUUACAGUUAUGAGCUACAUUUUGGCGUAUGUUCUAACACCGUUAUGAAGCAAGUGAUGUACAGAGUAUGGUUGACAAGCAUAUAUACAGGAUAGGAGGCAAUGUUUAUACAGUUGGAUACAUUAGGAUGUAGUUACACUGGAGUGGAGAAGCCUGUUAUGUUCAUAAAAGGGGGUCAUAUAAGGUAAACAUCUUAACAGGUGAAGCUAGUAGUUUAACAAAGUGAUUAUGACUGAUUGGAGUCUUUGAGGAGUUGAUGGUACGCAGGGGGUAUGUAACAGCCUUGAUCAUGAUUGAUUGAUGGUUGGAGCAUUUUGAUGUUGAUUUCUGGAAGUUUUCUGAUUUUGAAGUCUUUUAGGUUGGUUGUAAGGGCCUUCAUUUUGUCCCACUGGAUGCUGGGGCUUGGGUUGUCAUGGAUGUGGUCAAAUAGAGCUGACCUAGAAUCAACUGUAGAGGCUGGGCUUUAAUGUUCUUUAGUUCGGGUUUUGAGGUGCCUUGAUCUUUCAACAAGCUUGUCCACAAUUACAUGGAAUGUGGUACCCUGCUCCUGAUGGUUCUAGCUUGUGGCUGGAUAGUGGUUUUCCUAUAGCGGUUUUCCUAUAGCUUUAAUGGUGUUGUGAAUGCUGUUACUUGAAGACUACAUCAAUGUUGGCCAGUUUCUUUAAGGGUCUCUGGAUUUUGUGGCCACCCCACACAAGACUUAAUACCACCCCACACAACACCUGUACCACCCGACACAACAACCAAUACCAACCUUUACAAGACUUAAUACCACCCCACACAACACUUGAUACCAUCCACACACAACACCUGAUACAACCCUACACCACACCCAAUACCACCCCAUACAACACCCGGGGCAGUUGGGUAGCCUAGUGGUUAAAGCGGUCGCUCGUCACGCCAAAGACCUGGGUUCGAUUCCCAACAUGGGUACAAUGUGUGAAGCCAAUUUCUGGUGUCCCCGUGAUAUAGCUGGAAUA